AUGCACAUGCACUCUGAAGCUCCUCUGUUCCUCAAGCCCUCUCCAUCUCUGGGACCAAGAUUCUGGUGCGUCUUUACCUUCCGCGACCCGGUCGAGGUCUUCAGGGAGUUUUUUGGCGGCCGGGACCCAUUUUCGUUUGACUUGUUCAGAGACCCGUUUGAACACAUUUUGGGAGGUCGGAGAAGCAGGAGCAGAGGGUCCUCGCCCCUUUUCCCCACCUUCAGUGAGUUCCCAGCCUUUGGUGGGUUUUCUUCUUUCGAUACAGGAUUUCAUUCCUUCGCUUCUCUGGGGAAUGGGGGCCUCUCUUCCUUCUCCACGUCUUGUGGUAGUGGCGGUGGGGUGGGUAACUUCAAGUCCGUGUCAACUUCCACCGAAAUCAUUAAUGGCAAGAAAACCACCACCAAGAGAAUUGUCGAGAACGGCCAAGAAAGGGUGGAAGUGGAGCAAGACGGCGAGUUGAAGUCCCUGAUCAUAAACGGCAGAGAGCAGUUGCUGCACAUUGACACCAAGUAACUCCAGCCCACGUUCCGCUUCAAGCACAUGGGGAGGAAUAGCAGGACAUUUUUUUGGAGAUUGCAAGUGAGCUCUACUUUCAAAGUAACUACUCGGCACUUUAUAAACGGUUCAAUGCCUAU